UAUUGUUUAUAGUUUUUGUUCGCUAUUGUUUUGCAAUUUGUUUAUUUAAUUGAUACAUAUAUUAAUUUAUGUUUUCGAUUUUAGUUUUCGUUUAUACUUAUGUGAGCCGUGUAACGUUGCAGUUUUGUAUUCUUUAGUUAGAAAUUUUAAAUACUUUAGUUUUAAAGAAUAAUGACCUUGAAGACCAUUUAAAUCCAUUUAAAAAAUGUCCCUUGGGAAAUUUACAGUAAUUGAAAGUUUUUUAAUUUUCCACUUAAACCGAGCUUAAUUCGUGAUGAGUGCGAUAUGGGGGCAUGCCUAACAACUGAACGUGAAGAAGGCAAAGCUAAGAGGAGAAGCAAGGAAAUUGAUAAACAGCUUGGAGAGUUUGCAAAGCAACAGAAUAAUGUUAUUAAGAUCUUGCUUCUUGGUGCUGGUGAAAGUGGAAAAAGUACCUUAGUUAAACAAAUGAAAAUAAUACAUGCCGAUGGAUUUACCCAAUCAGAAUUAAGUAGCUUCCGUCCUACAGUUUUAGACAAUCUUUUAUCAUCGAUGAAGUAUGUCUUGGCUGGAAUGGGAUUGUUGAGAAUUAAUUUAGAACAUAUUAAAAAUAAGGUACAUGCUAAAAAUGUUCUGGCUGCUGAAAGUUGUUUUGAUAUGACGUUUGCAGUAUUGCCAGAUGUGGCAGCUUCACUUCAAGCUUUGUGGUCUGAUAGAGGUGUCAGAUUGGCUGUAGCUAGAGGUUAUGAAUAUGAACUUAACGACUCUGCAUUAUAUUUAUUUGAAAAUAUGGAAAGAAUCUGUGAUCCGAAAUAUGUGCCAAACCCCACCGAUGUCUUAAGAGCCAGAGUUAGGACUCAAGGUAUAAUUGAAACUCAGUUUCGCAUUCAAGAUAUGAUUGUAAGCAUGUAUGAUGUCGGUGGUCAAAGAUCUCAAAGAAGAAAGUGGAUUUAUUGUUUUGACGAUGUGAAAGCUGUGCUUUUUGUCAUAUCAUUAAGUGGUUAUGAUAUGACUCUAAUUGAAGAUCCAAAUGUCAAUAGACUAGAAGAAAGUUUGAAUCUUUUUGGUCAAAUUGUAAACAAUCCAUUUUUUAGAGAAGCCUCGUUUGUCCUUUUUUUAAAUAAAUUUGAUCUCUUCAGAGAAAAAGUUCUUUAUUCCAAUAGACAUAUAAGAUUGUAUUUUCCUGAUUACAAAGGACCUGAUCGUGACGUGGAUAGAGGUGCCUUAUUUAUACAACACAAGUUUAUAUUAAGAAAUGGGGAUUCAAGGAAAAUUUUGUAUCCGCACUUUUGUACUGCCACUGAUACUGCCAAUGUACAAGUUGUUUUUCAGUCUGUGAUGGAAAUGGUUAUUUCUGCUAAUUUAGGACAAGUAACCCUUCUGUAACUUCAUUAGAUGUUACUUGUCAUUUAAGUUGUAUAUAAGUAUUUUUAUAUGUAAAUUUCAUAAUAGGAAAGAUUUUGUUGCCAAUGGUUUAAGUAUCAGAUGUGAUAAGUUCUGAAAAUAUUUGCAAAAAAUAUAAAAAAUAUGCAAGAAAUAGUAAAUAAACUAGCAACUAUAUCUAAAUCAGAAUAUUCUAUUUGCUCUCUAUCACACAAAAUUGACUGAUUAAAUUAAGAAUGAAUAAAAGGUUAUCAAGUUAUUUUUUAUCAUAUACAGGAUAGUCCAAAUUUUAUUUGGGAAGUAUAUUCUGCAGAUAAAAAUCAGUAAAAAAGUUCAUAUAAAUUUAUGUCCUAAAAUGCUUCGUUUCCGAGA